CAAUCCUUUUUUUCCCCAUCUUCCCCAGUUGUUUUGACUGUCCUCACCCAUACCCACACUCCUCGAAUUCAACUAGGACAAGAUGCGCUACUGGACUUGAGCUUUGCCUACAUGCCUCCCACCUCCAAGGCCACAUCUCUGGCCCCAGGUCCCCCUCCCUUUGGGCUGGAGUGGCGACGCCAGUACCUGGAGUCCCCCAAAGUGUCCUUGAUGCCAGCACCCCUUGUAUGGGCUGCCCCUGGGGAGGCACCCCCAGAGUUGCUGUGCCUGGUGUCCCACUUCUACCCCUCUGAGGGCUUGGAGGUGGAGUGGGAGCUCUGGGGUGGCCCUGAGGGCAGCUUUCAGAAGGCCGAGGGGCAGAGGUGGCUCUCCUCCUUGCGUCACCACUCUGAUGGCUCUGUCAGCAUCUCAGGGCACCUGCAGCCACUCCCUGUCACCGCCAAGCAUCAUGGGAUGCGCUACGCCUGUCGUGUCCACCACCCCAGCCUGCCCGCCUCAGGGCGCAGCGCCAAAGUCACCCUAGAGCUGGCAGGUCUUUCUGGACCCUCUCUGGAGGAUGGUGUUAGCAUCUUCCUGUCUGCCUUUUUCCUCCUUGGGUUCAUCAAGAUGUUGGGCUGGGUCGUUGCCUACCAGUCCACUUCCAAGGAUUCAAAGGAGAAGGAAACACAGUGAGGACACCCACCACCAUCAUGGGGAAGCCACUGUCAUCUCAGAUCUAAGCUACUGUAGUAGCUCCCCCAAACACCACUGUCAUCAUCUGCUCCUGUUCCCUUCAAUCUCAAUCUCUCUCCACUGAGUGAUUGGAAUGUUUUUUUAAAACACAAAUCUAUUGCUUUCACCUUCUCAGAGCUGUAGGGUAGUGGUUCUCAAAAAUUUUGGUCUCAGGACCUCUUAAAAAUUGUCAGGGACUCUAGAGAACUUUUGCUUAUGUGGGUUAUGAACUGUACAUAUUUAUUAUACUCUUACUUAAAACUGAGAAAAAUUUAAACGACAAGCAUACACAAAACAUAGAUCCCAUUAGCUGUGAUGACAAUGUCAAUACACUUCAUGAAGCUUCUGGAAAACGCCACUAUACAUUUUUUAGAGAAUGAGCAUGAAAAAGUCAAACAUGUUAGUACUGUUAUGAAAAUAGUCUGAACUUUGCAUACCCCCUGAAAUAGUCUCAGGUCCUCUGGGACAGAGACCACAAUUGGAGAACCAGUGCUGCAGAGGCCUAAUCCAUUCUCCCUCGCUCCAGCCACUGCUUCUCUCUCCAACCUCGCCUGGUGCCCUCCAACCCUCUUGUCAAUGCUCAGCGCGGCUACUCCUUUCCUCCGCGGGUACCAGAGCCAGAGCUCUGUUACCUCUGCCUAAUCCACCCACGGCCUUCCUGGGCUCCAGACCAGGUCAGCCCCGCCAUUCCCCCCCUCAGACCGCCGCGAGUCCAUCUCGCGCGGUUCACCACUGUUGUAUUUACGUGAUUGUGCGAGUAGUUAAACGCGUCUCCUCUCCGCACCGUCUGCCCACUGCCGUAGCCCCUGCGCCGGCACAGGACCGGGCGCCCACUGGAGGGCGCUCAAGAUAAGAAAUAAGAGUAUUCUUCCUAAGUAUUUAGAAACCGGUGUUGGACCAAAUACCUGUUGGAAGGAUGCGGCUGCUCGGCUUAGGGACCGCCGAGGGACAGAACGGUCAGCCAGACCCAUGCGGGGAGCGGAUCUAAUCGUGUGGGAAUAAAGUGUUUCAGUGCUUCCA